CCAGCGCGGGGGGAGGCGGCGCCGCAGCAGCAUCCGGAGGCUCCGCAUCCUGCACCGGCCGCAGCCCGGCCCCGCGCAUGGCCCGGCCCGGGGGGUAGCGCCGGGGGGGCCCCACCGCAGCCCCAGGCAUGGAGCUGUCGCUGGCCCAGUGGGCGCUCGCGCUGCUGCUGCUGGCGGUGCCCCUGCUCUACGAGUGCAGCGCCUCCUUCCGCUACUUCUGCAAGAUGGGCUUCUACAACGGCUGGAUCCUGACGCUGGCCGUGCUGGUCAUCCCGCUCUGCGCCCUGCGGGGCCGCAGCGUGGAGAACAUGAGGAUCAUCCGGUUCAUGCUGCACCACGUGAAGUAUCUGUACGGGAUCCGCAUCGAGGUUCGCGGCCUGGAGCAUUUCAAGCUGCCCGAGCCCUUCGUCGUGGUGUCCAACCACCAGAGCUCGCUGGACCUGCUGGGGAUGAUGGAGGUGCUGCCCGACCGCUGCGUGCCCAUAGCCAAGAAGGAGCUGAUGUACAUGGGCACCGUGGGCCUGGCCUGCUGGCUCGGCGGCAUCAUCUUCAUCAACCGCAGGAAAACGGACGACGCCAUCGGCGUCAUGUCGGAGACGGCGCAGACCAUGCUGCGCGACAACGUCCGGGUCUGGGUGUUCCCCGAAGGAACCAGGAACCACAAUGGCUCCAUGCUGCCCUUCAAACGCGGGGCCUUCCACCUGGCCGUGCAGGCCCAGGUGCCCGUGAUCCCCAUCGUGAUGUCCUCGUACCGCGACUUCUACAGCAAGAAGGAGAGAAGAUUCACAACGGGGCGCUGUCUGAUCCAGGUGCUGGCGCCGAUGCCCACGCGGGGGCUGGGCCCGGAGGCGGUGCCGGCGCUGACGGAGCGCGUGCGCCAGGCCAUGCUCGAGGCCUUCGACAGCCUGUCGGGGGAGCUGAGCCCCGGCCGGGACCCCCCUGCCCCACAGUGACACCCCCGCCAGCCAGCUGGGGCGGAGCCUGUGCUGAGUGGGCGGGGCCAGCACCAGCCACGCCCACCAGGCAGGGCAGCCACGGACCAGACGGAGUAACCCAGCGUUCUGACACCCCCCUCCUGGUUUAGCCACUUGGUAUCUCCUGCUCCCCCACCAUCACCUCCCCCCAGUCUUGUCAACAUGGAUUGAUCCACUCCAGCCUGAACCAUGGACUGAUCCAUUCCAGUUUCCUAAGGGGGGGAGGAGGAUUAAACAAUGGACUGAUCCAUUCCAGCUUGAACCUUGGACUGAUCCAUUCCAGUUUCCUAAGGGUGGAAGGAGGAUUAAAUAAUCCACUCCAGCCUCCUGCUGGGAGGAAGAACCGAAGCUGUGGACCAACCCAUUCCUCCCUCCCACUGGGGGGAGCCAGGGGGAAAAAAGGACCUCAUGGACUGUUCCACUACAACCUCCCCCAGGAAGAAAGUAAGCUGCGGACUGUUCCACUUCAACCUUUGGGGGGAGCAGAGAGAGAAAGCCAGGGACCGUUCCACUCCACCCUCCUGCUGGGGGGGAGGAAGCCAGGGACUGUUCCACUCCACCCUCCUGCUGGGGGGGAGGAAGCCACAGACCGUUCCACUCCACCCUCCUGCUGGGGGGGAGGAAGCCACGGAAGAGAAGUUUGUUCCUGCCCCACAUGCUCUCUGCCCCCCAGCUGUGGGCGCUCCGUGGAAAGGAGUCCGUGCCAGGGACACGAUGGAUGGUGCCGUGUGGCGGGGGGGAGUGGGCACAAGAGAGACAAAUUCCCCCCCUCCCAGAUUCGCUCAUCAGUGGAAGAAUCUUACCCGGGGAGGGAGGGAUGUUUAUUACCCCCCCCCAAUCUGGAUGGAUCCUGCCCAGGAAGGGGGGGCCGUGCCCCCUGUCGAUGCCCCCAGAGGCAGAGAUGCUGCGGGAUGGAUGGGGGGGGAGGUGGCAUAACCCCCCCCAGGGAAAUGGGGAGGG